AGUAAAUAGAAGCAGCGCAGCCCCUUCAUUACCUCCUUCCUGAGGGGUUUGCUGGGCGCUGGUCUCGAGGGGACAGCCACGGGGGGCUCCUCGGGGAGGCUCGUUACUCCGCUGGGGGCAGCGACGGUUGGUGCGACAGGCACGCGCAGUUCGCCCGGGCCGUGCGCUCCCAGCGGGGUCCUUCUGCCCAGGCCGGCGCGAUGCUGCUGGUACUGUUGGUAGCGGCUCGGCAGGAGCCCCGCGGGGCUGGGCCGGAUCUUCCCCUUCCUCCGCCUCACUCUCUUCAGCGCAGGCCGCGCGCUGCCCCCCAGACCCGCCAGGCAGCAGCUGGGCUGGUUCUCACAGUUGCUGUCCCCUCGCCUGAGGCGCUGGAGUAGAGUCGAGGGCAGCCGUCUGGGGUCUUCGGUGCCUGCCGAGACCCGAGCCAGGAAAGGCGGCGGCGCCGUGGUGGUGACCAUGGUGGGCUGUGGGUACCCAGAGCUGUACAGGGGAGAGGGGUCGAGCCCAGGCGGGGACGGGUGGUUCGGGUCGCUGGGGAGUGUCUACCCGGGCUUUGUGGGCUGAGAUGAUGGCGCGAUCAGAUCCACUGCUAGGAGAACAUGGCGGGGGAGUGAAAGGAGCAGGCAGCAGCGCCCAGUGUUGUUACACGAGAGGGGCACGCCCCCUUCCGCCGUCCGGCCAAUCGUCGCGGGAGGAAGGCGCGAGGGUCACGCCCCUCCGCUGAGUACAGCCAAUCGCAGGGAAACAGCCCCAGCGGUGGCCCCGCCUCUGCCAAUCAGAAGCGACACAAACACUUCGGAGCACGCCCGCUUCCGCACACCGCCCAAUCGGGGCAGACACAAACAGCGGGCACGCCCCAGUCUCCAAGUCACAGGCCCACAGUGCGAAGCGAAAGGGGCGGAGCCAACAGCUCUCCUUCUGAGAGCGGCCGGCCAAUGGGGCAGCGCGCAGGCAGACCGGGCCGCGCCCCCGCGCCCGCGCAGCCAAUCGGCAGGGACGUAAACACGGUGGGGCCCGCCCCUCGGCGCGAGGCGGGUGCGCGUCGUUGGGGAUGGAGACGCCGGCGCUGCGGCCUGGUGGGGCGGCCCCGGCCCCGGCCCCGGCCGCGGCGGAGGCGGAGGGGGCGGCGGCGGCGGCGCGGCAGCGCGACGAGCGGAGCCUGGAGGCGCUGAGCCUGGCGGGCGGCGCGGCGGCGGCGAGGCAGCAGCAGGCGGCGGAGGGGCGGCGGGCCACGCUGGCGAGCGCCCUGGAGCUGGAGGGGACGGUGCUGCGCGAGGGGCGGCUCACGCAGUUCGUGGCCAACAACCUGGAGCGGCGGAUCCGGCUGAGCGGCGCCCCGCGGGGCGAGGCGGCGGCGGCGGCGGCGGGACCCAUCCCCGCCAUCGACCCCGGCGCGCUGCAGGACGUGGUGGCCCUGGCGGGGCAGGUGGCGGCGCAGGUGGACGAGCUGCUGCGCAACGUGCACUGCGGGCUGCAGGCCCUGACGGCGCUCAGCGUGGGCUGCAUCCAGACCUACCGCGACGGCGUGGAGAGCCUGGGCGAGGCGGCCGACCUCAGCAUCCGCGCCAUGUACGCGCUGGUGGCGCGCUGCGAGGAGCUGGACCGUGCCAUGCAGCCCGUGCCUGCCCUGGCCAAGCGCAUCCGCGACAUGAAGGGCACCCUGGAGCGGCUGGAGGGGCUCUGCAAAUAGCUGGUACCUGGCCCUGCUGCCGUGCAUACACUGUUACAGAGCCUCCUACCCCCCUGCGCGAUGCCCAAGCUUUCCCCACUUUCCAUUCACUUGGUGUUUAGGGAGAGAAGCCACCGCUGCUUUCCCUGAGUGGGGGCGCCUUGGGGUUCCCUCUGCUUGGAAUACGGCAGUCCUGUCCCGGUGUGUGUGACCGAUCCCCCCCCCCCAUUUCCUAAAGUGUCACUUGGAGAAGCGAUACUGUGUUUAACACAGCAGCCUUCAGGCCUCGCGCUCCGGCUGAAAUAGGCCCUGACACCUUUUUCACACCCAGUGUCUUGAGGUUUCCAUGGUUGUGUUUUUCGUGCUUGUUUGUUCCCCUUGUUUGCUAGGCUAUGUCUGCGGCCAGCUUACUGUUUUUAUCUGGAGGCAGUGAAAAUGUCGCACACUAUGAAGAAGAAAAGGUCUCUGUUUAAAUCCCUUGGUAAACUGCACACAGUGCUUUUUAGCUUGAGUUCCAUUAAAGAAUUUUGACUCCGCAUGCCUUACACUUUCUAUUUAUUGAGGGCUAGGAAAAAGAAACCAAUGGAAAUUCUUAACUAAAUCAGCUGUUAAUAUUUUUUUUGCUAUGAAAACAGAAAUUGUUUUGAAUACUUGUUUGAUGUUUUCAGGCUUCAUGUUGAUUUCUGGUUGACUUAGUGCCUAUCUAGAAUAAUUAUUAUUAAUUUGUUAAGUUAUUUCAGCAAACAAGUGUGUGAGAUAAAAUUCUACCAUCUCUUACAAAUCACUAGUGUAAGAGAGAAUACAUAAGAGAAAGUUUGACGUAUGUAACAAUGACCCCUGCUUGCUAAGAAGAAUAUAAAAUGAAUGGAAUAUAGUUGAGAUUCAGAUAAAAACAAAUCUACAAGUAAAGUUCUAAAAAGAAAUUCCAAAUAAAAUGUUUCACCUGUGUAAGUGUCUACAGUUUUCACAGUGUAGAAUUUUAACCGGCAUUGCUGUGAAAUGAUUGUGAUUUUUUUUCAGUUUGGAAAAUACCUAUUUAGGAAUACCUAUUGAGGAAUAUGAAUACAUGAUGGCAUUAGAAAGAUGUAUGAUUGUCAUGGAAUGGGUAUUUUGUGGGAAUUUGCUUGUAUAACCUGAAGCUUUUGUAUAUGCAUCACUGUAUGCAGAAGUUAUUUUGCUGUAUCAGUAAGUAUUUCUUCUGAGUCAUGAGAGUAGCUGAAUUCUCUGCUAGAUUGGGUUCCUAUGCAACCAACCUUUUGUAAGAUGCUACGCAGCAGUCCAGUUAGGUAACAAGUGUAUGGAUCCUCGCAACAAGAUUUUGUCAGAGAAAUGAUCACUGUGAUCUUAUGUGUGUGUAAUGGUGCUUUUGGUGGCCUACAGCCCCUGGAAACCUUGGGGCAAAGGUAUCCAGAAAUACUACUUAAAUCCUGUAACUUUUGGUUAAAGAGUAGGUGAGCUUAUGGUGGGGGCAGUUGCUACUCCAUUGCAGCUUCAUUAUACAAUACCAGUGAGCGAGAUGUGGACAUGGGUAUACACUGUGCUACUGUGCUGUAACAAAAUAAUUACUUUUUUUGCUACUGUGAUUUGUGUAAUGCUAGUCUGUGGCCUGUUUUGAGCGUCUCAACAUGGUGGUGCCUCCACGUUUUUUGUCAGCAAGAGGGAUGUAUUUCACAUAUGGCCUUCCAGCCUUAGCAGUGAGAGUGGGCUGGAAAUGGGCUGUGCUGUGCUCCCCUCUCCUUGUGGUCAGCAGUUCCCAUGGAAUAUGGUGUCUUGAUUGUGGCUUUAAAAAGAGACUAGAUUGAUAAAGAGUAGCAGUUAGUGGAGAUUAAAAAAAAAAAAAAAAAAAGACAGUUUACUGCCCCUGCAUAUAGGCCUAGAAGUUGUUGCUUCCCAUGAGCCUAAAAGAUUCAUACCAUAACAACAGCUGUAAUCUUAAUAGUUUUGGGGUAUCUUCUUGGGAAAGUUUGAAAUAGUAUUGUCUGUUGUGGAGAUGCAGUAGUUUCACCAAGUACAUUUUUCUUUUUUGUAUGUCAGAAAUUAAAAUUGAAGCUUAAUCUUGAUAACAUGAAGUAUUGAAAUGUACAUAAAAGAUCUGCAAUUUGUAUAGCCAGAUAAGUACAAUUCCAUUUUAUUCAUACAGGCUAAGGUUAAGCCCUAAAGCAUACAUGUUCUAGUAAACAAAUGGUUGUCAACAGUACUUCAUUUGCAGUCAGGCUACAUUUAAUGCUUAUUUUCUGAUAAAUUGUCAAAUCUAUAGAGUAAAAACAUUAUGUUUUAAAUAGUUAGUGAUCAGUUGUUGUUGAAGUAUUUCACUUCUUAAUUAUGGCUUUUCUUAUUUGGUAAAAUAAUUUGAAAGAUAAUUUAAACUCUGCUCCUGAAUCUACACAGAGACUCGUUAAUGUGACUGCCGUGAUAGUUUCAGUUGAGAUCCUCAGGCAGCUGUUUCUAGCAGUGAUGUCAUUCAUGUGAUGAAAAAGAAAUGUCUGGUGAUCUACAAGCAUAAAGGAAAUGCUGUCAAGUGAACUUUCGUCAUAACAAGACUGACAAGGUCAGAGAGGAAAAAUAACAAAAUAAAAUGGAACACAAAACUCUGAGCAAUGCCAGACUCAGAAUUAGCUGGGAAAUUAUUUUCCUCUUCUGAUAACCAUCACUGACUCCAUUAAGAAUUGGAUUUGUUUGUUAAUUUUUUUUAUUUGGGUCAGAUAUCUGCUUUGAUUAAAGAAGUCCUUCUUUUGAUGAAGGUGUGGUUGGUUCUGCUUGAUUCAAGUUUUUUUUCCUCUCUCCUUCGUUUAUGAAGUUUUUUAUUUCCAAUGCUUAGUUGAUUCCAUAUCCAUGCUGUUUGAAGCUUUAUAAAAUAAAACCAUGUAACAUGUUAAAAACAAAUGAACAAAACAAAUCAAAAACAAAGCAUAAAUGAAUAUCAUUGACAUUUCAGCUUUAUGGGUUUUUUCAGCAUUGCCUAAUUUCACUGGGUGUUCAAUAUGCAAAUAUAUCAACUUUUUUUGUUAAUUAUUUUAUUCUCAACUGAGUUAUGUGUCUUGCCAUCAGACAUAUACUAAAGUAACUCACUCAUUUGGCUGGAAUUUCCAGAUUUAUGGUCGUACUUAUUCCCAUGAGCAAAGUUCCUGAAUCAUUUAUGGGUGUGUGAGAAACAAAUCAGAAACAAAUUCUGAUUCUUAUAAUUAGCUGAAUCCAAGAGCACUCCGCUUGGCAUUGAAGAUGCUACUAUUUUGAAAUGGUUUCAAAUAACAUGUCUGUACUACCAGUAUGUAAACACCUGAAUUUUAAAGCUUCAGAAUUAUCUACUACUUUCCAGUAUAGUAGCGCAUCAGCUGUUGUAGCAAACUGUAUUAACUCAAGCUGUGAAAACAGUAGAAAGUAGGGUUGAGGCCUCUUGCAGUAGGCAUUAUUCAACAUAAUGGAUUCUUACUGUCCAUGCUACCUUGUACUCAUCAACAUUGGCAAGCACACCUAAAAAAAAGCCCUUAGAAGAUCAAUGGGUUAUGUUCAUGUUGCAGUCGCAGCCUACUUUUAUUUGCUUUGAGAAGGGCAGAAACACUCCUCUGAAAAUCAUGAAGAAUCCAGCUAGUACAUUUUUUGUGAAUAUAGCCCCACUUCUGUCCUCACCUUUGCUUGACCUCUUCCAGGACACACAUCCAGCCUUCUCUUUCCUGUGCUGUAUGUAACAAUAUACCUAAGAGCAAGAGAGAUUCAUGACGUUUCUCCUUUACAGAGCUUAAUACAAUUCUUGCAUCAGAUACAGGAAGCAAAACUGGACUGGUUUUGAAAUCUGCGAUGAGGGAAAGCUUUUGUGGUCAUUAAUCCCCGCUGUUCAAAGCUUGAGAAUUAGAGACGUGAUCAGUGGACUUGGGCUCUGAGCUUUCACUGCAGAGGUUAAUAUCCUCCUACCCAUCUUUAUGACAAUAGGAGUAGAAUUAUGCCCGUAUCUGGUGACAGGAAGAAUGAUAAAAAAUGGUGUUUGCAAGCUUAGCUGCGAUUUUGUUUCCUUCCUGCUAUUUAUAUAUAUGAAGAGCAACACAUAAAAAAAACCCUCAAAUAUACCCCCCCCCAAGACUGCCAAGCAACGUUUUCUUCCACAUUUUUGAGGCUAUGAAUAGGAUUGCAGUUUCAUAAAUAUUAAAAAUUGCUGGCUGUUGGGGUAGCAUAUUUGGGAUGGCUGUCUGCAGUAGCUUUAAAUACUGAUGAGAAUUGAGAGAACUUGAGCUGGAGAAUAAUAAAAUUCUGCAAAAUUAUUUUAUAGAGUUGGAGAUAAAGCAGUUCAAGUGACACUUCCUAAAUUGUCAUCUGCUUUCUGUUAGCAUGGUUGUACUGCCACUUCAUUGAAUCUUGAUUUAUUUCAGAAAAAGGUAGAUGUUUCUGUUAAUGCUUCUGUUUUCAUCAGUGCUAGCUAUGGAAGAACUGUAGAAUGUUGCCCAGUGCUGUAUUUCUUGUCUCAAAGUGACUAGCCAUGGUUUUUCCUUGUUUUCUUAACAUACAAUGCUGGAAAAAUUCCCAGCAUUGAACUCGCUUGUAAAACAAGCAACCGUGCGCAGUGUGAAGUUGUUGGGAAGCAUAUUGUGGAGCAGAGCUGCUUUGUCUAAAAAUACGUGUCAAUCAAGGAGGGGAAAAAAAGCAACACAAACUUGCCAGACAGUCAUUUCUAAUUUUACAGCGAUCUGAUAAUCCUGGGAGUCUGUAUUGUCACUGGGAUUGUUUGACUACACUCAGCAGAAAACCAAGAAAAUUCCAAGUUGAAGGUCCUGUCUGUUUUGUAAAUGAACUUUGUUUCUGUAGCCUAAUAUCAGGAAUGAAGUUUACUGGCUUAUUCAUCCUAAUGAGAUUUUUCUUGUUUGAACUUGAACUGAAGUCACUCAGAGAAAUUCUAACUUGAAAAUAAACUCCUUUAAUGUGAAAGUA